AUGACCAGAGUGAGUAGUGGAGCAGCUGAUGUGCAGCGUGGGCUUUUUUUGAUCACAUCGCGGCAGUUCCAGGCGCGGUGGAGUGUAAUCUGACAUCGCAUCACCAUCCCACUGCCAUUCUAGCCUGUGCGCCAAUCCGUCAAGCGCGAAGCCUCGUGCGAUCUCGAGAGCGACUCAAAGAGCGGGAGCCAGGGUGAAGAAACGACUUCGGAAUCUGUUCUUGGCGAAGAUGUUUUGAAUGAGCCGGGUAGUCCCGACAAGAAGAGCAAAAAGGUAUCCUCGUCUGCCACUAGCACGCCCAAGAGCAAGAGCAAGGGUCAGAGCUCGUUGCCUGCUAGUCCCAGCAACAGCAAGACACCGGCUUCGGCAGUGAGUCUCUGAGCGGACGAAAUAGGUUGCUGCACGUUGACCGUGCCCAACUGACUGCUGAUGGACCUCGUGCCUAAACAUCGUCUGCUCUGCCUAGGCUACUUUUGGAGGUGAGCGUUGCGUGUCCCCCAAUGUCUUGUCGACCGUGAGGAGUGUCCCAUGCAUCCUCACGUCUGACCGUCAUGCUUGACGUUUCUUUCGCAGACGAACACUGGGCAGCUCUAUCCUACGCAAUGCUGCGCAUCCUCAACGAAGAUUCUUCCAAGCUCAUCCAAUACUCUCCCGAGCUCAAGCCUUGGGCGCCGAAAGGUAGGAUCUUGGUCAAGAUGAGACAGAGCAUGGCGGGAACUAGGGGGGGUGCAAUCGCGCUGGAACGUUAUUUGGCUGAGCAAAAGGGUGAGAGGAAGGUGGAUGGCGAGCAGAUCGCUCCUCAGGCUACGCCUUCGAAGAAGCGAAGCAAGAUGGACGCUUGA